AACUGACGAAUUUUGCAGCUUUUAUUCGCUUAAAAAUCUGCUGUCUUUUUUAUAAUAUAAUAUAAAUCUGUUCAUUUUUACCAGAUGUCAGAUCGUAUAAAAUCAAGGUUUGAUGUAGAUUAAAAUAACUUUUGUGAUUAGAAGUACAGUAGUGUGUUAGCAUUAGAGUUAGCGAGUUAGCUCCUGUGAGUGUUUACAUUGCUAGGGACCAGUACCCUCAGUUCGCGGUUAGUGUAGUUAGCUGUAGCAUACAAAAGCUGUUUCAUGCUUUUUACAGUUUAUGUAGUAAGUGUUGUUGUAGUUGGAAACAGUGGAGGUUACUGAGCUGAGUGCUGUCAGUAAGUGUGCUGGCUGGUUAUAACUUGUUGUGUUCACUAUGGGGAUGUGUCUGCCCUGCUUGGGUGGAGCAGCAGACGAUGUGGUAGAAACUCCUGAUCCUGAAACAAGAAGACGACAUUUGGCAGAAGCUGCAGAAAAGAGACAGAAGGAGAACAUACACAGGGGUGUCAAAAACCCAGAUGAAUUGGAAAGGAAAAAAAAGAAACAAGAGGAGAUGGAAAAACAGGCCAUGAGCACAUCAUCCUCUGGAGGCGGCGGGCUUAGGUGGCAGGUUGGCUAAAGCAGAAUGAAGAGAAAACAACUGGCAACAACUCCCAACACUGCAGCUCAGCCUCAAUGUGCAGACUGAUUCACUGAUAAGAGAAGGUUUCUUUACAUUACUUUUGUAAUCUUUUCAUAAAGCUAAGCUUGUUGACUCGACCUUUUGCCAAGCGUUCUGCAAAAGACGUCACUUCAGCCUUCAUAAAGCUCUGAGCAGUACCUGUCAUCUUUACUAUGCAAAGAUGUGCCUCCAGUGGUAUUAUGAGCUAGCAAAGGCAGUAAUGUGUGGCAUUUAAUUUGUAUGUAUUCAAGCUAAGAGACAUGACGUAUACAUUUCAGCCACUAUAGCUAUACAGCUAUACAAUGCUAAAGUUCAACGCUCUCACACACCAGGUGCUAUUUUAAAAAAGGUUCAUAUUUAUUCAGCAUUAUAGAGUUGUGGCACAAAUGAAUAUCCAGAUGAAUCUCAUUCUAAUACACAGAUUUUUAUCACAUUUUGUAAUUAUUUGAUGUGAAUUGUUUGGCACGUUUUGCUUGCCUCAUUUAUUUAUAUGAGUAAUCUUUUGAUGUGUUUUGGUUGAAGGAUUAUAGUGCAAUAUAAUACCUGUCAGGUUUGUGCAGAAGGCUAAAUUAUUAGUUAUGAUCUAAAAAUGAAGUGGGAUACUGAUGGGUUAUUAAGAAAUAUUGAUUUCUUUAUUGGUCUAAUUGAUAUGUGUUAAUAAACAAAAUGU